AACAUUCCCUACACGCCAAAGUUGCCGCCGGUUAUCAGAUAACGGCAUCGCACCCGAAGAUUUUGUAUUUCUGUGCGACAAUCUGUAGCUUGUAUAUGACCUGAGAAGAAAUGAUAUAAUACACAUAACAGUCCCCAAGUCUUAUCAGAUAUUCCUGUACCAGAAGCCAAACCUCUACUCGUCAAUUACCUCAAUCAGUGUUUGUUCAUCACCUGAGUUCCCCUCCUCAUAUCAUGACUGAAACCGCGAAGACCAAGCCACGCGUCAGUCUUGGGCUCCUGACAUUCGGCCCUGAAGGCUCAGAAACCUACGGAAGCCGCAUUACCUCCCUCGACACCUUCAACCAAUGCCUCGACUACUUGCAGUCGCGCGGCUACAAUGAAGUGGACACAGCCAGAACCUACGUCGGCGGUCAGCAAGAAGGCUGGACCAAGCGUACCAACUGGCGAGAGCGCAACCUUACUCUUGCUACAAAGUGGUAUCCUUACAAACCUGGCGAUCACUCCAAGGCCAUUGUCAAGGAGAAUUUGAACAAGAGUCUUAGCGAGCUUGGUUCCGAUAGCGUGGAUAUCUUCUAUCUGCACGCACCAGAUCGAUCCGUCCCGUUUCAGGAGACGCUUGAGGCUUGUGAUGAACUUUAUCGCGAGGGAAAGUUCAAAAGGCUUGGCUUGAGCAAUUAUGCGGCGUGGGAAGUUGCUGAGCUUUGCACCAUUGCGGACCAGAAAGGAUGGGUCAGACCAAGCGUUUAUCAGGCUAUGUACAAUUGCUUGACUCGCGCCAUUGAAGAAGAACUUGUUCCAUGCUGCCGCAAAUUCGGGAUGGAUAUUCUUGUCUAUAAUCCCUUGGCUGGUGGUGUACUUUCAGGUCGCUACAAAAGCAAAGAGAUCCCCGCUGACGGCGGACGAUAUUCUACCCAGGACCCGGUGAUUGGGGCGAUGUAUCGGGACAGAUACUUCAAGGAUGUCAACUUUGAGGCUUUGAAGGUGAUUCAACCUGUUGCUGACAAAUUGGGGUUGACGCUCUUGGAGAUUGCAUUCAGAUGGCUUGUUCACCAUAGCAAGCUCAAGGUCAUGGAUGGCAACGAUGGGUUGGUUAUUGGUAUCAGCUCGCUCAGCCAGCUUGAGAGUAAUCUGGAUAAUGUUGAGAAGGGUCCGUUGCCAGAAGAGGUGCUGGAGGUAUUGGAUGAGGCAUGGAAGAUCACCAAGCCUUCCUGCUCUCUUUACUGGAGAUAGCCCUGUUAUUGUUCUCCCUCACGAAUCGACUCUGAUGAACUGAGAGUUGUUUCCCAGAGGUACGAUGUGACCUUAUAAUAAAUUCCGCUUCAUCGCGGACUCUGC